UUUAAAAAAUGUUAUCUGGCAGGGAAAUUGCUCUGCCACGAGCAUCAGCAGCCGCUGCUCCUUGAUGUUGUGGUAGAGUAUGCGCAUGCGCUACACAUUGGAAUUACUGCACUGGUCAGAAUAAGUUGGAUCACGUCUGUCUUCACUGAAAUCCAAAAUCAUAUCAAAACUAUGGCCGUGUUGAGAAUAAGAAAAAUGAGCUACUUUGGGGUUUGGACCUUUCUCGUAAUAGUGGCUGUGGUCUGUGCGCAAAGUGUCAAUGACCCUAGCAAUAUGUCAAUCGUAAAAGAAACGGUGGAUAGACUGUUGAAAGGAUAUGACAUUCGCUUGAGGCCAGAUUUCGGAGGUCCCCCUGUGGGAGUGGGGAUGAACAUAGACAUAGCCAGUAUAGACAUGGUAUCUGAAGUCAAUAUGGACUAUACAUUGACUAUGUAUUUCCAGCAAGCUUGGCGAGACAAGCGGUUAUCCUACUCGGAGAUUCCCCUCAAUCUCACCCUGGAUAACCGGGUAGCGGAUCAGCUGUGGGUCCCAGACACCUACUUCCUAAAUGACAAGAAGUCAUUUGUCCAUGGUGUCACAGUGAAAAACAGAAUGAUUCGACUCCAUCCAGAUGGAACCGUGCUCUAUAGCCUGAGGAUCACCACUACAGCAGCUUGUAUGAUGGACCUGAGACGAUAUCCGCUGGACGAACAAAACUGCACACUGGAGAUAGAGAGCUAUGGGUACACCACUGAUGACAUAGAGUUCUACUGGCGAGGAGGUCACAACGCUGUGACGGGGGUAGAGAGAAUAGAACUACCCCAGUUCUCCAUAGUGGACCACAAACUCAUCUCCAAGAAUGUCGUCUUCUCUACAGGAUCCUACCCUCGACUCUCCCUCAGCUUCAAGUUGAAGAGGAACAUCGGCUACUUCAUCCUGCAGACCUACAUGCCCUCUAUCCUGAUCACCAUCCUUUCCUGGGUCUCCUUCUGGAUCAACUAUGACGCUUCCGCUGCCAGAGUUGCUUUGGGAAUCACCACUGUGCUGACCAUGACCACCAUCAACACUCACCUGCGGGAGACCCUUCCCAAGAUCCCCUACGUCAAGGCCAUUGACAUGUACCUUAUGGGUUGCUUUGUGUUCGUCUUCCUGGCCCUACUGGAGUAUGCCUUGGUCAACUACAUCUUCUUCGGCAGAGGACCCCAGCGCCAGAAGAGAGCAGCUGAGAAAGAAGCUGUCGCCAACAACGAGAAAAUGAGAAUGGAUCCAAACAAGUGGUUGGUGGGAAAUGUAGUUCAGAGAGACGACACUCUGUAUGCCAGAAUGAAACAGAGGGAUAUUGACGCUCAUGACUCGAUGUGGGAACCAAUCUUUGUGGACGAUGCAGCGAUAGGACUAGGCGAGGAAAAGAAUAAGAUGGACCCGCAUGAAAAUAUUCUACUGGGCACCAUAGAAAUUAAGAAUGAGAUGGGAGCAUCAGAGCUGACCCUUGGUCUCAGUGACCCCAGGAGCACCAUGUUAACUUAUGACAGCUCCACCCUGCAGUACCGCAAAGCAGGGCUGCAGGCCAGGCACAACUUUGGACGCAACACCCUGGAACGCCACGUGCCUCAGAAGAAGAGCCGGCUACGGAGGCAUGCUUCACAGCUGAAGAUCAACAUUCCCGAUUUGACUGAUGUAAACUCAAUCGACAAGUGGUCGAGAAUGAUCUUCCCCACUGUCUUUUCUUUGUUCAACAUAAUCUAUUGGCUCUACUACGUCAACUAAAUGGACUUCAGCAAGGGCAGAACUAAACAAACAACAACGGAAAUGUUGCUUGUUUUUUUCUGAAUAGUUAUCAUUUUGCUGUUUGUUCUUGCAACACAAGACUGAAUUACUAAAGCAAAAUCAGGACUGACUCCAUUUUACCUUGGAACACCUUAAUUGCUGGCUAACACAUGAAAACCUUAGAGGAGAGAGAGAGAUUAAGAACAUAUUCUGUAUGGUGCCUGUACCAGAGUUUUUCUUUAUAAUUUUACA